UGGUGUUGGCGAGUCUUGCGCUAUCGUCUGAUCAUUCAUUUCUAUUCUAACCUUUUAUUUACUUCGAUCAAUUUUCUUAUUUUCUCUUAUUGGAAUUUAGUAUAAUAAAUAUAUAUAUCAGGUAUAUAAACAUUUAUCUGUUAAAAAAUUCAACUUUUGGUGCAUCGUGCAGUCACUGUUCAAAAUGUUUGCUAAUUCAUCCUUGUCGUUGUUGACUGUGCAUUUAUCAAAAUUAAUAACGUCAAGAAAAAAGUGGUCCUUGCGUUUGGAUGGAUAUCUAUUACAAUAAUUCCUAAUAUUAAUCGAACGAGUGUGAUGUAAAUAAUGUUGAAAGUAAUCGAAAUAACGAAAAGUGAAAUACUUGUAAAUAAUGAAAAUCUUUCAAAGAUUGAAUCGGUGAAAAAGGUGGAUCAUAAAUUAACGUAUAACGAAUUUUUUCAUAAUUAUUUAAUUAACAAUCAACCAUGCAUCUUUGAUUCAACGAUUACCAAUUGUUGGCCAUCUAGGCACCAGUGGGUAUCAAAAGACGCGCCAAAUUUUGAAUAUUUCGUCGGACAGUUCGGUCAAGCAACAGUACCGAUAUACAAUUGUCGAGUAAAACAUUACAAUUCUCAGCUUAGGGUCAGCAUGAAUAUGCAAGAGUAUAUAGAUUAUUGGGUUAAAUAUAGAAGGAAUAAUUAUAUUGCCGAUAUGCCGCUUUUGUAUCUGAAGGAUUGGCACUGCGCUAAAGAAUUCGCCAAUUUAGUUUAUUACGAAGUACCUUAUUACUUUGCUUCUGAUUGGUUGAACGAGUAUUACAUCGCUAAGCCGGAAUUAAAUGAUGAUUAUAUGUUUGUUUAUAUGGGUCCGAAAGGGACAUGGACGCCGUUGCACAAAGACGUCUUCCAAUCGUACAGUUGGUCUGCCAAUAUCGUUGGUAGAAAACGUUGGUUGCUCAUUCCGCCAAAAGAAGAAAAUCAAUUUCGUGACGUGCGCGGUGAAUUGGUGUACGACGUAUUUUCUGAUGAUCUUAAGGAUCGUAUUAAAUACAAAGAUUACGAUGACAACAAUCUUAAAUGUAUAGAGGUAAUACAAGAACCUGGUGAAAUUAUGUUUGUUCCAUCUGGAUGGCAUCAUCAAGUCUGGAAUUUGGAAGAUACUAUUUCUAUUAAUCACAAUUGGAUCAAUGGAUGUAACAUAAACGCCGUAUGGCUGGAUUUAAAAGAACAUUUGUCUUCCGUCAUGAAAGAAGUCGAUGAUGUUAAGGAUAUGAUUGAUUGGGAUAAACAUUGUCAAGUAAUAAUGGAAGUUUCUCAUGGUAUGAAUUACGGACAAUUUUAUUCUUUCUUAUCUUUCAUUGCUGAGAAACGUUUAGAUUUUAUUACUAAAGGAAUUAAAACGAUUUCCUUUGAUAAAUACGAAUAUGGUAAAAAUCAUUGUUUUUUUGAUCUGGAAAUGUUAAAAACUGUCUUGGAAGAUUUUAUAAUCGAAACUAAAGAAAAAUGUAUUUAUAAUUUAAUAUCUACCCAAGAUCAACCUGUCGAUUUGUUAGAAACAAUUAAUUGCGUCCUUCAAAACGAAAAUUAAUGAUAUUUUCUAUUAAGAUCGAGAUUUUAUAAAUUAAUAUCGUCUGUAUAGAUCAAUGUAACCAUGUAAGGAUAGAUCAGGAAAUGAAUUUUAGAAGUGUGCUCCUUGGUGGUAAAUAAUACUUUAUACAUGUUAUAUGAUCUAACCGUGUGCCCCUUGGUAUAUGCAAUAUUUUAUACAGGCCAUGAGAUCUAGUGAUAAAAUUAGCGAGCUUACCACGUGCUUCUUGGUGAUAGACAACACCUCAUACACGAUUAUAAAAAAACCAUAUAUUUACAUCGAUCUGUGUUAAUAUUUUUAAAUUACAUUUAAAAAAAAAAGAGAAAGAAAGAGCUGCAAUAAAAUUUUAUUUUUUUCAUACU